AUGAAAACCAAAUAUUCAUUACUUUGGAUUCUAUCCCUAUUAAGUGUAAUUGAGGCCCAGGAUAUCUUAGGUGUUGCACCCGAAGAUUAUCAGUUAUAUAAAUCUGAUAAAGAUGGUAAAUGGUCCUGCUUAUCGGAUAGCAAUAUUCAAAUUGAUAUCAGCCAGAUAAAUGAUGGUAUAUGUGAUUGCCCUGAUGGAACCGAUGAACCUGGUACUGCUGCAUGUUCGGAUACCCUUGAAUCCAGAUUAUUCUAUUGCCAAAAUAAUGGUUUCAAGUCUAGAUACAUUAGAAGUUCUUUAGUUGGUGAUGGUGUCUGCGACUGUUGUGAUUGUUCAGAUGAAAAUAUAUCUGGAACGAAUCAGAAUACUUGUAGAGAGCUUUCUACAGUAUUUGAUAGAAUUUCAGAGACAGAAUUAAAGGGUUAUAAGGAUGGUCAAACUAAAUUGAACAAAUUAUUAAAAGAAUUUAAGGUUUCAAAUGCUUUAGGUGAUGAAAAUAAAGAAAAUAAGGAACCAGAAACUGAAAAGCAAAUUAUAGAGACAGAUAUUCAAAGCUUGAAUGAUGAACUUGAGGACAUUAAAAUUUUAUUAAAGAAAAACAAGGAUUAUUUCUUUGAGAGACUUGAAACUGAUAAUCCAUUGUUAUUAAAUUUUGAAAAAGUAGAUUUGAAUUAUUUGACUAAUGAAAUUAAAGAAAUAUAUGCGACUAUUGAGACUACAAGUAGAGCAUACCAAGCAUUAGUUAAAAUUUUAAAGGAUUUAUCCUUCUCCUAUACAGAAUCAUUAAAUGAUCGUGUAGUUAAUGACAAUAUGGAUGAAUUUGAUAAACUAAUGCGCCGUCCAGAGAUGUCCAAAGUAAUUGCUGACCCCAUGACUGAUGUAGAACAACUGGGGCAAUUGUUGCAAUAUUUUGAUGAAGAAUUGCCUACCAUUUUUUGGGAAAGGGAGUCAGAAUUUCCAUCAGAUUAUGUGAUCAAGAAAUCGAAGUUCGUUAUGGCAAUGGUGGAUGGGAAAGCAAACUAUAUGGAGACCUUAAGAGAUUAUAUUAAGGGUUUCUCUGCUUUAAUGAACGAUAUCUCUGAGAAUUACAAUGUUAACUUUCAAGAUGUUGGUACAUUGACAGCGGUCGAUGCUUAUAAGAAUUACCUUUCCAAAUAUACAGAUUUGGGCAAUGCAGAGAAAUAUAAAUUACCACCAAGGUUUAUUAAAGAAUAUAAUCGUCUUGUAGAUGUAAUUGAGGAAGAUGUCCCAAAAUUGUUGAUGGAUGGUGAAGACGAAGAUAGCGAUGAUGAUUCAUUGAAUCAAGGUAAAGGAAGCUAUUUGAAGAAUGGACGUAAUAGUAAUGACAAUUCUCCAUAUGGUACUUUGAGUACCGAUUUGGAAUCAUUAAAAGAACAAAUUGAAGUGUAUCAAGUUAGAAUUACGGAUAUUGAAUCAUCUAUAAGAGAGAAAGAGGCAGAACAUGGUAUAUUGGUCAAAAUAUUAGAACAAGAGAGUAUUUCUGUUGAGAAAAAUGGCUUAAGUAAAGAAGACCAAGCAAUGUUGAGACAAAUUACAGAGUUGGUAGAGAAGAUGGAUGAAGAAAGUAGUACUAUUUCUGAAGUUCUUGAUAAUUACAGGUAUUCUAUUAAGCUAAAUCCAUUAUCACCAGGUACCAUUCAUCAAUUUGAGGACAAAAUGAAUGGUAAUGCUGUUAAUAUUGGUACUCUGAAUCAAAUAUACUUGGAUCAUGAUAUUAAUUUGUCAAAAUUUGCAGAUCACAUUAAGCUUGAAUAUGGUGAUGAUGAUAUCAUUACUCAUCUUUAUAAUGAUAAUAAAACUGUUGGUAAGAGAGCAUAUCUUUUUGAUGAUCUGGAUAAGAUUAACAAUGGACUGGUCUUUGAAUAUAUUAAUGGUGAUAAGUGUUGGAAUGGCCCACAAAGGUCUGCAAAGGUCUUUAUGAAAUGUUCAGAGACAUUUGGUAUUGAAAACGUUUACGAAAUGACCAAGUGCAAUUACAUGAUUGAUGCCAGUGGGCCUCUUGGUUGUAAUUUACAAUUUCCAUUAUCUUCUUAA